UGUCCUCCCACUUUCAGAGGUUUCAUAAAAUAUCGUGGAAGAUGCUGUGGACGAUUGACAAGGUUGUGAGAUUAAUGUUCUGGGGAGGAGUUAGUGCACUGCUGGCCACAGUGCUGAGUGUCCUGGGCAUAAUGUCCUGCGUGCUGGCCUUCACUACUCUCUGGCUCUUCACUGCUUCCAUGUACAUGUACACUGCUAACAUGAAGGAGCCGGUGGUGGGGAAGGCGGUGGUGGUGACAGGAUGCGACUCUGGUUUCGGCAACACCUUGGCCCUGCACCUGGACAAACUGGGUUUCAAGGUAUUUGCUGCAUGCCUGCAUGCAGAAGGGGAAGGCGCACAGCACCUGCGGCAGGAAGGCUCAAUUAACCUUCAUGUCCUGCAGAUGGAUGUCACCAAACAAGAUCAGGUGGACAAAGCUGCUGAAGAGGUUAAAAGAUUGCUGCCUAAGGGAUGUGGUGUGUGGGGGUUGGUGAACAACGCUGGUGUGUGCACUCUGGGUCCUGUCGAGUGGGUUUCCUUAGAGAGCUUCAGGAGGGACCCAGAAGUUAAUAUUUUUGGCCUCAUUGCUGUUACGAAGACCUUCCUGCCAUUAGUCCGUCGAGCAAAAGGCCGUGUAGUGAAUGUGGCGAGUGUGGCAGGACGUAUGAGUGCCAGAUUCAUGGGUCCUUAUUGUAUCUCCAAAUAUGCUGUAGAGGGCUUCAGUGAUGCCCUGCGGCAGGAGAUGUAUCCAUUUGGUGUGGACGUUUGUAUCCUUGAGCCUGGGAACUUUGCUAAUGGAACGUUUCUCUUUGCCACUGAUGAGAAGGUCGAGCAAGAGGUGGAGACAUUGUGGGCAGCCCUCGACGACCAGCGAAAGGAAGACUAUGGACAGCUCUACUGCAAGAAGGUGGAAGGCUUUAAGAAGAACUUCCGCAGGAAAGGGGCUAAAGACAUAAGUCCAGUGAUCAACGCCUUUACCGAGGCCCUGACUCAGACCCACCCACAAGACCGAUACUGCCCCAUGGAGCCUCGUAUGUAUGCUGUCGCCUUCAUUAGCAAUCACUUCCAGCGUGGGUUUAUGAUGGAGUUGUCAGACUGCUCGCCGUAUUGCUACUCAAGAAAGAUGAAGUAUAAAUCUUUACCUCUUAUUUUGCAUGAAAAAAAUGACUUUAAUGCUACGAGGCAUAUUGCUUCCAUUAACAAAGACAGAAGUUAAAACAUGGAGGGUUUUUUUUGAAGACUGCAGUAAGGGAGGCAAAUUUUUUUCUAAUGUAUGAAAAUUACCAACAAAUUACUUAGGAAGUGAAUUAAUCUAUUUUCUGAUCAAAGUAGAAAUUUCGAGUAUUACUGUUGGUCUUUUGAUGUGUAAUUCUGAAGUAUUCCACCUGACCAGUGUCUAAAGUUCAUCCUUCAAUGUACAAAUUUUUGGACGAGGGUCUAAUUCACAUUUAUAAAAGUAUUUUUAGUAGGGCUGUAAGCAGGUAUUAUUUUAAAAUUUUGUGAUACUUGUCUCCUAAAGUUUGCAAUAAUAAAUGAAAUUUGUUUAUUUCAAUUACUAUUUGAUUACUAAGGUGUUAAUAUUAAUGUACUUUUUAUUAUGCAUUUUAUAACAGAUAAUAACUAAUAUAUUGUUUUAGUAUAUGGUCAUCCUAGCAGUAUGAAUUAUGUCAACUCUUAAUAUUAAAAGCUCCUCUAUACAAUAAAUUUUUUUUUGUUAAUGUAAUUGAAAAGUAUAUUCAAAAUUGAAUACUGUACUAUGUGGAAGGCCUUCAUUGUAUGGUUUAUUCUAUUUUGGAUCUUUUUUUUUUCAAUCCCAUUUACAAAAAAAAAAAAAAUAAAUCACAAUAGAGGAAUUUUGAGUUAACUGUAUUCUAAAUAAUCUUUCACCAGUCAGAUCCUCAAAUGUUAAGGAUCAAACUGAAGACUUAAAUAGUUAUUUAUUUACAGAAACAUUAAUUAGCCUUUGUAUAGGUAGGAAUCUGAUAGUCUAAUCUCUCACCUUUCCUAAAUAAAAACCGAAAUUAGUUAUGCAUAUUUUUGGUUGCAUUUUUUUAUAUAAAGCUAACGUGGCAACUUGCUAAAAUGUACAUAUAAAAGAAUUGACUAAAAUUGCAAUAGUAUUAGAAUGUACAAGCCCCUUUUGUUUUUUCUUUGGGAAAGAGGACGGAACUUCUGGUGGCCUCGGCAAUAUUUAAGUUUUUAUGUAGCGACUCCUUCCCAUCCCACCACUGGCUGAGGUCAUUAUAAUUGUAUGCUUUGUUAAUAAAUUAAAAUGGUAAAUCA